AUGUUUCUUGCUGAACUACCAAAAAAUAACGUUAUGUAUGUAAUUACAUUACUACAUUUAUUGCAAGAAAUAUCGAUUAUGUUCGAUAAUCACAAUUUUAAUAUUUUGUUGUUUCAUCGACGUUUCAAUCUUUAUCUCUAAAUAAAAAAUUUUUGUGAAUGUUUUGUGAAAAUUUUGUAAAAAAAAACAUCGUCUAUAUUUAUUACAUUUGUAAUUUCUAUUAAUAAAUAUAUGUUAUGUUAAUUAUAUUAUUUAAAAUCUUUCUUGAUAGGUUAAAUCACAACCUCAUCUGUGGUUAAAUAGAAUGCAAGAGAAAAGCUCAAGUAUCCUUUCUUCAAUAUCUUUUCUUAUCGUUAUCUUUUCUUUAAUUAAUGAAUUAGAAAAAUUAUCUUAAUUAAUUUUUUUUUGUAAAUGAAAAUUUGAUCUUUUUACAAAGACUGUCGUCAUUUAGCAGUGAAAUCUUAUUUUAUCGAUAACAUUGAAAAUGACAGUAAAAUCACCGACAAAGUAUAUCAUCUGUGACCUCGUCUGUAGUCAAAUUUUUUCAAGACGUUUUUUAGAUAUCCUCAUACCUGAUCUAUGUGAAUACUAAUUAUAAGUACAAAAAUAUUAAUCUUAAUAUUCAAAUAGAUAUAUUUGAUACAUAAAUAAAUUUUUUCAUUUUUUAUACUUGAUUGAAUGAUAAAUUAAUUUGUGCUAAUGUCGAAAGAUGUCACUAUAUUCAUCUCUAUCACAUGGCGCCGCCAUCUAUGUAAAAAAUUUAUAUGCAACUCGUAAAUUGCUACAUUUGCUUGUGUUUAUUCUUUUUACAACAACGAAAGUCGGAAUAUUAGUGGUGCUUUUUAAAAUUAAACAUUUCAUUGAAAAUCCUUUCCUUCGGAAUGAUACGCGAGUGGGAUAUAUUGACAGUGGACUUUUCGCUAAUGCGAUUGGAUUUAUGAGAACUUGCAAGACUUGAACGGUAAACAAAAGUCUUUCACUCAUGGCUUUUUUAUUUCAGUUAAGAUAAUCUUACGUUAUUUACGUAUUGAUGUAUACAAGUUUGAGUUUCAUUCGUAAGAGUCUUACGAGCAAUUAAUAAAAAGUCUACGAAAAAAUGUUAACCAUCCUUAGAAUUGUCGAGACUGAAUAUAUCUUAAUCAAGUUUGAGGUUAGAAUGUUUCUUUUAUGUCAAUUAAGUUAAGUAUCCGCGAUACAUCUUUUGUUAUCAGUACUUUAUUGAUAAUGUUUUUUACUGCAUAUUAAAUUAUCAGUACAAAUAUAGAUAUAAGAAUAUUUUGAUGAAGAUUUUAUACAAUUUACGUGAGUACGAGACAUACAUUUCUAUAUUUUGAAAAAAUGUUUUCUUAUUGUUUGAGUGAGAUUGAGUCACUGACCGUAUCAGCUGUUGCACUUCAUACACUUUCAUAUUUCAAAAUUUGUUUAUUUAUUUUGUUAAAAAAUGGAUACUAUUUCACGAUGGAAAAACAUGAAAAAAUGAUGAAUCAUAUUUAUUUUUAAAUAAAUAUCUAAAAAUAAUCAUGAUUAAACACAUAUUUAUCUAUCGAAAAAAUUUUUGCUGUAGAUGAAAUUGGAAGAUUAUUAUCGAAUGUUGCACAAGUACUUUCAUGAAAAAAAAUUAAAUCUGUUUCAUUUAAACUAUAUGAUAUGUUCCGAUUAUCAUAUAAUGUAUGUAAAAUAUAAAUAUAAAUUACUUUCGUUUUAUAUGAAAUAAAAGAGAUAUGAGCGAAAAAAUGUAUGCAAUCAAAUAUAUAUACGUAGAACUCGAUAUCAGUUCGUGCGAACAUGUUUUUAUUUAUUUGCAUUAAUAAUUGUAAUAAACAUUUCAUUCUUCAGUAAAUAUUGAAAUUAUAUGCAUAUAUACAUGUAUAUAAAAAUAGAAAAAUAAUGUUCGUAAUAACCGAACUAGAUGAUGUCUUUAUACACGAUGAUCACGUCCUUGUAGAAAAAUCGAUGAUUGCAAAUAUAAUUUUUAGCUCCAUGAUUAUGAACUUGUUUGUAAGUUCUUGUAAGUAUAAAUAAAGUUAAAGCGACAACUGUCAAAAUCGCUACGACAAACUUUCGCUUCAUAAAUUAGUACAAUUUUUAUUUCAUACGAAUAUUAAUUUGAUAUGAGCUUUUAGUAAUAUGUAAGAUAUACUACAGUGAAAACUGCGUUAUUACACAAACUGUAUUCUUGGAAUAUAAUGCAUAUCGAAUUAAAUCUAAAAUCGACAAGCAGUAAAAAGCGCGAUGCAUUAAACAAUAAACGCGAUAUAUUUCAAAUGUUCUAAUAAAUACUUUUAAUAUAAUUGUUCUGACAUAAUUGUUUUUCAUUCGUUAGAGAUCACGUUAAAAGAAGUUGGCAACACGUGCAACAGUUUCCAGGAAUUAAUCUUGAAAAACUUAUAACGACUACCAUCUAUCUGCCGCAUUUCUUGAAACGUUAAUCUUAUUUUAGUAAUAACUAGUCCGUAUUGGAAUUAUUUUAUUAUUUCUCAGGUCACUGUCUUGGAUUAAGACACAGCAGAAUGGCAGAAGACGAGAGGCAAAUUAGAGCGGCCGCAGAAAGUUUACUGAAUGAAUCUAUAAACUCUCAGAGGAGUUUGUACACUCAGCAGAGUAUGACGCGGACCCCAGAUUUCAUUCUUAGCGAAGAUCUUAUCGCGGGUGCCAUGCAGAACGGCAGAAUGUCCAAUGUCAGACGUUUUUUUUGCCUCUUCGUCACCUUCGACCUUUUGCUUACUUUUCUCAUGUGGCUUAUUUGUACAAUGUGGUCAAUAUGCAAUCAACCAGUAUUUCAAGUUCUUCUUAUCCUUACGUCUUUUGUAUUGGCAUGGGUGGAAGCGUGGUUCUUUGAUAUUCGUGUAUUGCCCCAGGAAACACAAGCUAGAAAUUGGUUUAGAAAUUUCACGAGUAAUGAAAGAGAACCACUCCUUCGAGGAGUUACCUCAGAAUCACGCCAAUAUACCAGCAUUGAACCUGGUACAUUUUUUACACCUAUCGACUCACCAGAUCAUUCUGAUCACGAGGAUGAAAAUUUUACAAGACCAGGUAAUUCUAGGAGUUUAUCAAAAACGAACGAAAUAUUUCCGCCUAAGUCUCUACCAAAGCUCACAACAGAGAUGAUAGAGGACUAUAAACGAAGAGCAAAUGCGUUAGUGCAGACGUGCCACGAUUUAUUGCAAUCUAAAGAUUGGCAAAUUCAGAAUAUAAUGUCAAAUGGUGAUAUUAUCUUUUACAUAAACCGUCCUAAAGAAGGAAAGACGUUAAAAAUAGUAGGAAAUAUUGAAGCUCCAGCUGGUAUACUUGUGAACAGAUUAUUCGACGAAAUUGAAUUAUCACCGUCAUGGAAUAAACUUGUUACCGAAUCGAAGAAAUUACAGUGCAUCGAUGAGAAUACGGAUAUUGUUUAUCAAGCCACAAGUGCCCAAGGAGGAGGCAUUAUUGGCGCUCGUGAUUUCGUUAUUUUAAGGCAUCGUAUUCAGUACGGUAACUAUUAUAUAAAUAGCGGUACGUCAGUGCCUUUUACAUCAUUACCAAAUCGCAGUAACGUCGUCAGGGCUGAGAACAAUGUAAGCUGUUGGGCAGCAGAACGAUUACCUAAUGACGAUAGUAAAUGUCGAUUUACAUGGAUUAUUAAUACGAAUUUAAAAGGCUGGCUUCCACAAAAAGUUGUAGAUAAAUCAAUGUCUACUGCAUUGAUAGAUUUUAUGUCUUACGUAAGGAACUAUAUGAAUGACACGCAAAGAUCAAUCGCUUAGUGCAGUCAUUUUUAAUGUUGCGAAAACAACGCAAUUCUUGGUCAAGUCGAAUAUGGUUUUCUUGUAGUAUUUUCCACGUGUAUCGUUGCAAACCGAAUGACGAAUGUAGAAGAAGUCUAUGACCGUAUGAGCUGACAGACUGACAGAAGAACGAUAAAUGACUUUUUUUACACGCUUUGUAUUUCGCAAAUUAAGAUUAAGAGAUACUUUUUACGUAUAAAGUAUUAGGAGAUACUUUUUACAUAUGUUCAAAAAAAUGUUUUAUCGAUUUUUUCGAUACAAUUAUAUUUUAAAUUAAUAUAGAAAUUUAAUCAUGUAGCUUAAAUCUUAUUGUUUAUAAAUUAUUUACGAAUAAUAUCAAAAUUUUAUUUGCAAAUCAUCCAAAGUAUUGCCAAUGUAUAUGGCAUUUAAUUUUUUGCAUUUUAUUCUUCAUUAUAAUUCUAUUCUGCAUUUUUAAUUUUAAUUUAAAAAUACUGAAUGUAAAAUAAUUCUUGGUACAGUCACUUUUAUUAUAAGAAAUUAAUUCGAAACAUUUAUUUCACAUUUCAUAAUUACUUCAAAUUUACUCAAAAUUUUUAUUAAAUUGCAGUUGAAAAUCUAUUAUGCUUAUAUAUUUUAUGAAAAUUGAUUGUAUUUACCAUACAUAUUUAAUCAUAAUUUAUGCAUGGAUGUGAUUGACCAUGCUUCGUUGUAUAAAAAGAAACAGUAAAAUAUCAGGGAAAAGUUACUGAAUAAAUAAUUAUACUCUAAAGUUGUUUUAAAUAUUUUCAUAUCAUCGUAAUUUGUAAAAAAUACAAAACAGAAUGAUUCAUUUGUCAAAAGCGUUUCUUGUAUUUUUCAAUAACUGCACAGAUAAAUAUUCUUUGUUAUUUAUCAAAUUCAUUCUGUUCAUAUGUAUAUAUAGGUAUAUGAAAGAGUAGAUUUGAUAUGAUAUAAAUAAAAGAACACCCAGAAUGCGCUUAUAAUACAAUCCCUGUAUUUAUAUUAAUAUACCAAACUGUACAUUUUAAAACGGUUCAAUUUUGUGAAAAAAGUUAUGCUACAUAUUUUAAAGCUAAAGAAAAUGAAACAGUAUUUGUUAAAAAUACUUUUUCUAUACUAAUGAAGUUUAUUUUUUACUCUUUACUCUUUACUCUAGGUAUAUUUUAUAUUGCAAAUAUAAAAUUAUAAAAAUUAAUGAAUGUUAUUAUAUAGUUUUAAUUGUAUUUCUUUGAAUGUAUAUACAUAUUAAUGCAUGUCCUGCUAGUCACUCUUAUAAUUAAUUUCAAUAGAAUUAAUUGUGUGUUUGAUCUUUAACUUUAAUUAAAAAUGCGAGUUGCAAACGAACAACGAUUAGAUCAAAGGUCAUGUUUGAUGUCUUUAAUUUUAUAAAACUGGCCUAAAUAAACAAUGUUGCUUGUAUGAAUUCAUUCGUUGUACAAUUGUACAGAAGUAAUAAAAUAAAGUAACUUCCUUUUCCUAAAAAAAUUUGUGAAAUCCAUUGAAUUACUUCUUAUGAGGAAAAUUUUUUAAAUUCGACUAAAAUUUAUAUUACACGUUGUAAUCUAUAUAUAAAAUAAUUUGAGAGAAUUUUGUAUACACAAGUUCGUAUUGCUAGAUAUAAUCUAUUUCAACGAAUUUAUGCAGUUGAUAUUAUAACUGCUCAAUUAUUUAUUGGUUAUCAAUUAUCACCAAUCAUUUUCAGAUACCUAACGCAUUCAUUCAUCACGCUUAAAUUUUUAUAUCUAGCGAAUGCAAAGAUAAGACUGUUACUUCGUACUAUAGUAAACUCCCAAAAUUUAUUGCUAUCCGAAAAAGCUUUAACAUUUCCGUAAAGUUUUGUCUCUGAAUUUUUGAAAAUCGAAUAGUGUUUACUGUUUAUCCAAGUUCGUAAAAUAACGCGGCAAAUAACACUUACCGAAAUUUUGAAAUCUUACAUGAAUAUAUAAUAGUUCAUGCACAAAACUGUAUUCUCGUUUUCAGAUAUAAUGUCAAAUAAAUAAAUUUAAUUAGUAUUGUAAGCUGCAAAUUAGACUACUAUUGUAGCAUAGAUAUGUAACAAACGGAAUACAUGGAAGCAACCCGUAUGUAAAUCCUUGUGAGUGAAUGUGUUUCAAUUUUCAGAUAUUUCAUUCGUCAGAACAUGCAUCCAUUAACAACUGGUACGCUUUGUCACAGAUCACAGGUUUAAUGAAAAAAAAGUAGUCGAAAUUUUCUGAAAAUAUAUAUUCACUGAUAACUUGCAAUUAGAGUCCCGAUUUGUGGCCAGUU